ACCACAGUUUCAUUGUAGGCUUUUAUAAUAUCGAACUCUCAUGCAGGCUGGGAAAAAGUACAGAAACUCAAAGAAAGUAUACAGAGCAGUGAGCAACCUUGUUUUUGGAAGGUCUUAUCGAUUGACCGACACUGACAAUUCACUAAGUGAGAAGUUAAACAAAGCUCCUUGUGUAAAUCCAUGCGUCAUUAAGGUCAAAGGCCAUUUGCCUUGCCUCGCCUCUCCCACUAUUAAACUACUGUAGAUCUUGGUUUAAAGCACAGUAUGACACUCAUACUCAAACUCAAAUGUUACCUUAAACGUUCAAGUGGACUGAUACUCUGGAGUUUGAAGAUCUAAAUGGAUUAUCUUUCUCAAAUUCAAGAAAAGUCAGGAAAUUCCUCGACUAGAUCUGCGAUCACAUGCAGGUUCUUACUUUCGCACAGUGUUUGGUGAUCACUUCGUGAAUAUGUAUAGUGCUUUCAAAACAAUCCAGAAACUAUUUAUAGAGACACAAGAUGAAUAACACAUAACAUUGUGUUACAUGUACAAUACUUCUGGACACACCAUUAUGGUAAACCCCUCCAGCAAGUUGGACAACAAUUCUGUUCAUGGACCAAAUGAUGUUGAGCAAGUGUUAGUACCCAUAUUUGAUACCUUCAUCCUAGUGACUGGUGUGGUAGGACACAUAUUGGUUCUUAUCAUCAUCUGUCGUACCAUGCGCAAAGGACGUGGACAGACUAAUGGAGGCAGGACAGGAGGAAUACAAGAAACAAAUGCAAACGGAACCGAUGUUCUUCUUCUGUCAUUAAGUGUGGCCGACCUUCUGCUGCUUUCCUGCCUUCCUUAUCACACGGUUGCAAUUGCGACCCACCACUGGCCCUUUGGGAGCUUCAUGUGUAAAUCUGUGAGCUUCCUAAGUGCGAUGUGUACCUCUGCCAGUGCCUUCACACUGGCUGCUUUGGCGUUUGGUCGGUUCCUCAUUGUGGUGCACCCAUCAAAAGCGUAUCGAUGGCGCAGAGAAGGCCGAUUGAAAAUAAUAGCUGGUGCAUUGUGGAUACCUGCUAUAGUCCUUGCAUCGCCUCAGUUUGCAUGGCGGAUGGUGAUUUCAGGGCCUGAAGCCCGUGAGGACCUGGCAUGUUUUAAUUUCCUAUCCGAUAAAGGCCAAUUGGCAUAUGGAGUGUGUCACUUUCUACUGGCCUUUGCCUUUCCACUUGGGAUCAUUGUAAUAGCCUAUGCCAAGAUCUACCAUUUCCUUAAAAAGACCAGACAGAGCCGAAUAAGCCAGGCGGACCGUUUGGAACAAUAUCAUGUGAAGGUAACCCAAACAUCAGCUAUGUUAGUGCUGGCAUUUGCAUUGUGCUGGCUGCCUUCAUAUGGUUUAAUGUUUGCCCAGAUAACUGAGAGUGAUGCAACUUUACCUCGCUUGGGACCUUUUGCUACCUUCGCUCGCAUCAUGGCAACCUCGUCUACUGUGGCCAAUCCUAUUCUAUAUGUUUUUAUGUCAGAAAAAUUCAGGAAGGAACUAAUAAAUCUGGGUCAAGAAUGUUGUAAAAGCAGAGAUAAUAUUUUAUCCCUUUCAUAAAAAGUUGUUUACAAACCUGAAUCUGUAAGUGUUAACAGAUAAUUUUUUUAUUAUUUAAGUAUAAGGGAUGACAUGAAAGCUUAAAAAAGUUGAGACUAUUUUACACUGUCAGGUAAAAGUACAAAAAAUGUCACCGUAAUAAAAAUGUCCUAAUAAGGAGCCAAUAUGGCCUCUAAUAUGCACCUUUUAGGUACAAAAGUGCACUUUUUGAAAGGGUUCCACGCCCAGUGACCUCUUUUUCUACCGUUUUACAGAGACUAAUACACAUUAACUGCUUCAGUUAUAUUGAAUUGGUUAGAAUACACUGUUACUUUGUACAUAUUUUAAAUAUUUUGUGUCAAUACAACUGCAGAUCCAAAUGUUUUUUUGUUUAUCACAAGGGGUGCAGUACUCAGAGUUUAAUGUGAAACUCACCAAAAGAAAUACUUUUGUUUCAGUUUGCAAACCCAAAAUUGGCAAUAUGGUUAUAUCCUACAUGUACAUUAAGGUGCGGUUUCCCGAACAGGGAUUAGUUUAAGCCAGGACUAGACCUGAGUUUAAUUGGGAAAUAUAACUAGUUUGAACAAACAUGUCUUACUAAAAACAUUACUUAUGUGCAUUUUGAUGCAAAACAAAAGGCACUGAUGUAUUUUAAGAUAUGUCAGUGCAAGAUGUUUUGGGUUUGGACAGCUUUUACAUUUACUUUAGUCUAGGACUAGUCUAAUCCCUGUCUGGGAAACCGCCCCGUAGAGUACUGAUAUUAAUACUGUAAUAUUAUAAUAUAGAAUAUAUAAAAAUAUAAAUAAAUAUAUAUGCACAUGCAAAUGUUUUUUAAAUACAUACAUGUGUAUUUUUACACUGUAAAAAAUACUUUGCUGCCUUAACAUUUUUUGUUUAAUCAACUCAGAUUUACAAGUCAUGUCAACAGAGAUGAGUUGUCACAACUUAUAAAAUAUAGUUGAGAAAAGUCAACUUAAUUUUAUAAGUUAUAACAACUAACUCACCUGUAGUUAUAACAACUCAUCUCUUGUCAAGAUAAAUAAUAGUAAGUUAAAAUGACUUGUAAAUCCGAAAUGAUUCAACAAAAAAAUUUAAGGCAGCAAAGUAUUUUUUACAGUGUACAUACAUAAUCAUUACAUGCAUCACACACACACACACAAUAUAAUAUGCUAAAAAUCACUUUUAUUUUGUAUGCAAUUAAUCACGGUUAAUCUUUGCCCAGCACUAGAUUAAAUACAUUAAAAAUGUAGGUCCAUAUUCUAGUAUUUUUAAUUUGUUUACAAAAUUAUCUUAUUACAACUGUAAAAAAUCUUUUUGCACUUAAAUUAAAACUUAUAUUUUUAAGUUUAAUCAACAAGUCAUUUUAACUGUACUGACUAGUGAUGAGUUGCUGUAUCUUAUAAAUAAAGUUGACAUAACUAAAGCAAAUGUAACUUUUAUUUAUUACUGUAAGUUACAGCGACUCAUCACUAGUCAAGCUAGUUGAAAUGACUUGUAAAUCCUAGUUGAUUAAACUUAAAAAUGUAAGAUCAAAAAUAUUUUUUAUUGUACCAAUGCCAAAUUUACAGUAAGUCUGUAUUUAAGACUGCAUGCAGUUUAUAUUGUACGGCAUAUAACCAAUAAUUGGAUAAAUAUUGGACAGAACCAACUGUUGGGUUUUAAAUACACAUAUGCUGGGUUGCUGCAAUGUAAAAAGUGAAAAGUUGGAUCAACUUAAAAAAAUUACUUUAGUUUGAAACUGUUUUUUUUUCAACUUAAAUUACCAAAAUGUUACCAUUUUAAGUAAUUUUUUAGUUAAUCCAACUUUUCACGUUUAACAGUGUGUUUCCCAAACAUGGAUUGAAACAUCCCAGCAUAAAUUUUUUUUAAACCCAACAAUUGGUUCUAUCCAGCAUGCAUUACUCAAAAGUAUCUAUUAAAAAAUGUAUUGACAGAUCAUUUUUUUAAAACCAAAUGUAAGCCACACUCCACUUAGUAGUAAAUGCAAAUUGUAUGUUACUUGAAAUGUGCUUUAUUACAUUUGGUGAUUCAACCACUUAAGCAUUUACUUGAAAGAAUAAAUGAACCAUCAAAAUAUAUCAGAUGACACUUUUUUUGCUUUGAACUCUAUAUCUGAGUAACAAUAAAAUCAGAAAUGUUUCUGUUCAUCACAUCAUCGAACGGCACAAGCCAACAAUGGACAUUAGGAGUUGAAUGCUUUGUGGAGUCUUUCAGAUAGACCCUAUACAAUAAAUGGACACAAGUUUAAUUAAAUACAUUAAAUACAGAAACAAAUACAGGACAUUAUGCUCUGAAAACACAGCACAUAUCUUAAAAAAAUAUUAUGAAAUCAAGUGUUUUGUGGUUUUUACACAUACUUUUUAAACUGAUGACUCUUCCUGCACUACACAGAGUUUUGUCCAAUGCUCUGAAUGAUAAUAUACCCUCAAGGUUGCCAGGUCCCCCCCCCCAAUUACUAUUCAAACUAGCCCAAUCUUGAAAUUAUCCAGGGUUUUCUGCACAUCUGCUAAAAUUUGCCUUCCUGGGCCUACAUAUCACAAUAUUAGGGUACCUUCAACCCACAGACGUAAAAAACAGACUGCAACAGCUAACACGGGAAACCGUGGACUUGACAACCCUGCCCACCCCUUACUGUAAAAUCACUUGUAAAUGACCAAUUCCUGGUAUUAUAUUAAUGGCUGUCUAUGGCAUGUGCCCUGCACACAUUUUAAAACAAAAUGCUAGAAAAAAAUCUUCAAAAAAAUCUUCCCAAACUGUUAUUUGUGGCAGGACCCUUUCAAAAUGUACACAUGUACACCCAAAACUUAAUAUUAGUACAUCAGAGUUAAACAUUAGUUUAAAAGGUUCAAAAGGUACAUAUCUGUACCUAAAUUAGGAUCUUUAUAAAGGGUAUAGCCCCAGUGACAGCUUGGGAUAAUUUUUUUACCAUUUUAUCUAACAGCAAUUUAAUUUCAUAUUGUUUUAAAUCUUAACUUUCAGGAAAUUCAAUUAGCCUGUGUGUAUCCUUAUCACUUACCAAGUUGCAUUCACAUUCUUGUCCAUAAUCUUUAGAGUUGGAUUGUUGGAUUCUUGAGUCUUUUCAUAUGAAAUAUUGUAUUUGCC